UAAACAACUCUGAAACAGCAUUGUACCCCCCAUUUAAACACUAUAUCAGGUGUUUGUUGUACAGCGCCGACUCUCGGCGCUUCGUGUUAUUACAUGGCGUGAAGAGAGCAGUGCCCACAACAAACGCGGACAGAAGGGCACAGACCCCUGGAGUAAAAGCGGACUCUCAAACAUCUUUUCUUUUCUCUUUUUUAAAUACGACCUACAGCGGGAUAUUCCUUCAACCACGUCCUUCAGGAUGGCAGAUGCUGAGGAAAAAAUCAAUACCUGUGGGACAAUAUGCCUCAAAUACCUUCUGUUCAUCUUCAAUCUUUUCUUUUGGCUGGCAGGUGGCGCUGUGAUGGCAGUGGGACUAUGGACUCUGGUGGAUAAAAGCGACUACAUCAGCCUUCUGUCCUCCAGCACCUACUCGGCCGCGGCCUUCAUCCUGAUUGGUGCGGGGGCCGUCGUGGUGCUCACCGGGAUACUGGGCUGCUGCGCCACCAUCAGGGAACAAAGAGGUCUUCUUGUAGUGGUAAGAGAGCAUUAUGGUCAGAUUAUAUUACCUAAACUGUGUAAUCUAAUGCAUUACAUUACUAACGGCUGUGGAGUCAGAGACCACCCAUCCAACAUCUACAAAGUGGAGGGAGGCUGCAUAUCCAAACUAGAGGAGUUUAUACUUCAGCAUCUGAUUAUUUUGGGCUCAGUGGGUCUUGGGAUUGCAUUCAUUCAGAUUGUGGGGAUGAUUUUUACCUGCUGCUUGUAUCAAAGUUUGAAAGAAGAAAUAUACUGAGAAAGAAGAUACUUAUUCACACCAACACCAAAAAAGCCUUCCUGCUGUCUGCAUUACUGUCUGUUACUGUUUGGUUUCAUGAAUGUGUCACAAUAACGCAGGAUGACCGCUCAAUAUGUCUUGGCUGCAGGACAGUCGUUCUGGAAAUGGAACUUAAAUUGUUUUGUUUUAAGCAAAAGUUUUUAGAAGCAGUGUGUUCAAACUUUUUUCAGUACAAAUAAAUCAGUGAAAUUGUUUUAUUUUAUUUCUGUCAGUUAUACUCUCACAAAUGCCUUCAAAGACAUACAGAAUUUGUCUGGCAUUUAUUACUAAACAUUAGAUAAUUAUUAGCACCCUUUCAACAUUAAUAUGGGUUGUAAUCUUUAAUCAUAAAAUGACAGACAUGAAUUUUUACAUGC